AUGAUGCGAACCACCAUCUCGACACCAUCACACGCAAGCGACAAGCUUCGACACAAGAAAAAUCUAUUCGAGAAGCUGCCCGCCGAGCUCCAAGUCCACAUCUUCAAACUGGUCCUCGAUGAUGAUCCUCCGCGCAUAGUGACGCUCCAACGGAAGAGCCCAGGAAACACGAUUCCUGCACUGAUGCAUGUCUGCCAAUUCUGGCGCUAUGAGGCAAAGAAGAGAUAUAAGAGUGAGCCCAUCGGUCGGAGGUACUCAGUGGUCAUCGACUUCGAAAGGGAUCUUCUAUAUGUCAGUCAUGACCCCGGGUUCACAUCUGAUUUGUUUUGGGAGGCGAAGUAUGAGAAUCUUCUCCGGCAGUGCAAGAGGUUGGCUAUCACGGAGGGAAAUACGUUGGAAGAAGACGACAUCGCUUUUCGUGGUCCCUACUUGCGAGAACUCUUCAUGGAUAAAUGUAAGAGUCUGGAGGAGUUUGGGGUUGUAUUCGUUAGGGACGAGAGUAUGUCCCGGUGGAGACCCGUGGAUAUUUGGUUCUGGAGAAGGUUCGUUGCGAGAGGUCUCGUCGCUGAUGAUUGGGGAAAACCGAGGGUGUGGUUUAAGAUCCUUGACCUUGAGUCAGGUGAAGCUUUGACAAACGGAAUAGAAAAGGAGUGGUCACCGUUUGAUUGA